AUCGUUCGGCUGUUUCUUGGUCUGCUUGGCGACCACUGGCCGGAGGCAAAUUCGAUGCUCAGUAUUUGAACGAUAUUCCAAUGCACGGGCAACGAUACAAAGCAAACCAAGGAAAAUCAAGACGACUAUGGCGAAGUGAAGUUCAUAGAGCGGCGGCAGCCUAGUCCACAUAUAUAUGUGGCUAGUUACAGCCCGCUUGACGUCGGAUACCCUCUCAGUUUCCGUCUUGCGGGGCGUUCAAUGCACAUCAAUUACCCGCUACCCGUCGUCGGUGCGCCUUUGAUGUUCAAAGAUUAACCUUGUUGCGCCAUCCGUCACCCUCGAUUUGCUCGACAAACUGGUCGAUUUCGAGCAAAUUUGUUACAGGUGUGUACUAAAACAGUCAGGUACAAGCCUCAGCUCAUGUCACUACCAUGAGCCGAUACCCUAGAACGGAAGACUCUCGCCCACACCAAGAGCGGUCUCAUGCGGAAGGCCUCCUAUUGAGUGAGCCUAGAGCACACCUGUCGAAGCAUGCCAUGCUUCAUCGGUGAGCUAGGGCUCGGCCAACAGUUCAUAGAAUCUGUACUUCACAAGGAUACCUGUGCACGACCUGAUAUACUCCAGGAAGCGAGGCGUGAUGAACAUACAUCCACUGAUACCCUUUAUUAUACUAUGCAACAGACUCAAGGAGUUUCAGAGGCAUAGGUCUCAACUAAAACCUCAGCCCCUGCCAUGAAUUCUUCCCCGGAAUUCCAAAGAGGCUGAUAGGUUCCUUGCCACGCAAGACAUUGUCAUAACGGCUAGGGUAUCCUCGUACUUUUCAGGCACCACAGUUGUUUAGCUCAGUUGAAAAUAUUGGAAAGAUCGCGGUGGGGAUGGUCCGAUAGAAGUGUGAGCCGCACAUUGAGCAUGGAGAACAGAAGCAUUGAGUUCUGCGCUCGCUUGGCUGCACUCCCAUCUGUUCUAUAUACCCAAUCCUUGGUUCUACCAUGAAUGUCGGCCAAUCGUGUACCUGGAAUCACAAGGUCCUUCACCAAGUUCUAGGAUCGUGCCUGCAAGAUUGAUCAUUCCAUAGACUAAAGUUAUACGACGCAAUAAAAUACAUCUAUCCAAGGUCUAGUUGGGGCCUCUAGUACUUGUCCUCGCGCGGUUGUGGUUGAUCCGGGACUCAGGCGUCCAACUUGAGGUGCUCGGAGCCUCUACAAGUGUCAACGUCUGCGAUAUGGCAUUAUGACGGCCGUAAGUACGCGGAACCCAGCCGGAAGUUUUAGACGUUGUCCUGGUGCCAUUAUUCUGGGACAUGGGACUUGAACGAACACCUGCAGACACAGAUGCCUCUGGUGGACCAAGCUUGCUGUGCGAGGCAGCGUCCACCAUUCCCGCUCUUAUCGAGGUAACGAUAGAAGACCGCCCUGCGGCUGCUAAAGCACUUGUCUUCGUUGAAGACGUCUUGGUCCCCUGGAGGGACAUCGUUCGGUCCAUCCGUUUGACGACCUUUUCAGCCGACUGGCCAGGACGCAUCGCGUGCGUCGCAGCCUCUCCAAGCCUCGUCUUCAUCCUUUCGACCUCCCAACCCAAUUGCGUCACCUCCGCUCGUAAAUACUGUUUCUUUUGGAAUGCAUCAAUAUCGGUUCGCAGACGAGUCAUCUCUACUUCGUGGUUCGCCUUCCGAGUCCAUCCCUCCGCUCUAAGUCGUUCUUCGCAUUCACGAAGGCGUCGGAGGCAAUCAUCUGCAAGGACUUCGCUAGGUAGCAGCUCUGCGAUUCUACUUGGCAUGUGAAAGUCAACGAUGUCUCGACCAUUCAUUCGAGGAGAAGAUAGUAAGUCCAAUAACCUCGUUUCCGAGGA